AUGGCCCUCACAGUUCUGGACAAGGCUGGAUCUGUGUUGAGCUUCCGACUGAGCCAUGCCAAGCCUGAGUCCACACGGUCGGGUCUCACGAGGGACACAACAUCAUGUGUUGCCACGGAAGGAUUCAAAGAAACGUGUGACGGCAAGCGAGCGGAGUCUGCGUCGCGCGGGCUCGCCCGUGGACGCGUGCGUGUUUCUCCAGGCAUUUGUGUUGACGUGCGUGUGUGCGUAUGCGUGUCUCCAGAUCACGGGACGUCCUUCAGGGUGGACUGCCACCCCUGCUCCUGCUUCGCCGGGGAGGUGGUCUGCUCCACGCGCCAGUGCCUCAGCGCAGACAGCUCCAACGAGGACCGCCAGAGCUUCACCGGUCUGCCGUGCGGCUGCCAGGACCGCUUCGUCCCUGUGUGUGCCAAUAACGGACGCACCUACCCCAGCGCGUGUGUGGCGCGCUGCGUCGGCUUCAAGGACCACCAGUUUUUGUUUGGCCGUUGCCGUGGCAACGACCCCUGCUCCCCGAACCCCUGUCAGAGGAACCAGAGGUGCAUCCCUAACAGGCGUGUGUGCCUCAGUGACAUGCUGGCCGCGCCCUGUCACCAGUACGAGUGCGUGGCCCGCACCACCGCCUGUGACAAGACCCACCUGGACCCCGCCUGCGACAAGGACGGCAACCCACACACCAACCUGUGCCAACUGUACCAGAUGGGGAAGACCCUGGCCUACAUGGGCCAGUGUCAGGAUGCCUGUAGGAAGCCCCAGCCUGUGUGCGGCCACAACGGCGAGACGUACAACACGGUCUGCGAGGCCUUCUCCGACCGCGUCGCCGUCGACUACGAGGGCCCGUGCAACGCCGUGGGGGUGGUGUCCGAGUUUGUGUCCGACUCGGGGUGCAACAUGACCCCCUGCCCCCCCCUCUCCACUCCGGGCUGCACUGCCGUCAUGCCCCCAGGUGCCUGCUGCCCUCUGUGUGCCGGCAUGCUGCAGAUCCUCUGGAGCAGCUUGCAGAUGGACGUCUUCGCUAAACUGAACCGGGACCAGCCAGUGAGCGUGCACGACGUGCUGCGGGUGCUGCGGCUGCACGUGUCCGUUCCGCAGUGCGACAUCUUCGGCUACCUGAGCAUCGACUCGCAGCUCGUCGUCCUCAUCGUCCCCGUGGAUCAACAGCCCACGCCGCUGCAGAUUGAAGCCUGCAGCAAGGAGGCGGAGAAGAUCGACGCACUCAUCAACUACGGCAGCCCCACCCUCGUAUCCCACGUCCCCCUCUCCGCCUUCCUCACCUCCGAGGUCAAGACCUCCGCCGUAAUCUCCGCCGGGGCACCCAGGGCGGCCCCCUCCCCCCUGGCCCUAUGCCUGGCCCUGGGCCUGAUCCUCACUCUAGCCCCAGGCUCCAACUGGGCCUAGGCCACCGCCAACCCAGUCCCACCGGCCAGCCUCCCUUUCCAGGAAGCUGGUGGUGGAACUCAGGGCUCGGACUCGCUGGGUCUGUCCUGUGACAGGAACCCUGGAGAAGCUUUGAAGCUUUUGACAAUCAUCCCCAUGGACGCCGCGGCGUCAGCGUUGUAAAGAAUGGUGUCUGACAGGGAGAGAGUGAGCGGGAGAGAGAGUGAGCGGGAGGGAGAGAGAGAGUGAGCGGGAGAGAGAGAGAGUGGGGAAAGACAGCAGCCGGGCUCGUCCCCUAACUCAGCCGUUAGACCCACUGAGGACUCGGUCAUUAAUCUCAUUUCCAGCAGGUGUGGACGUGGGGGUUGUGCUUUCAACUCCCUUCUGCUCUCCACCUCCAUGCAUGUGUGUGUGUGUUUGUCUGUGUGUAUGAGUGUGUGUGAGUGUGUGUGUAUGAGUGUGAAGAGUGUCACAUAAGUAGGUGCCUGGUGGUUUAGUUAAGUCGUUUGUGUGACUGAUGGACUCAAAGUCUGACAUUUGACGGUGUCUCAGAGGUCCAAUUACCUCUUUUACACACCCACAAACACACACACACACACACACAGGUACACAAUCGCAAACGCACGCACCUACGCAAAACAAAUCAUCUGUAAAUUCGAGGAGGUGGAUGGCUACAGAGACUGAACGACACCACACACCUACACACACAGACGAACCCGGUUCACCCUCUCAUUUCAGCCCUGUCGAUGGUCUAACUAUAGUGGAGACUGUCAUCCCUGCUCCGACAGUCAAUAAAAGGGAUCCAGGAUGUUCCUCUGACUGUAGAUAAGAGGAUGAAGGAACAGCAGCCAUGUUCAAAACGACAAUCAACCCCAGUCUGUCCUACCUGCCCUUGGCCUCAGCCCAUCCACAGAAAGCCUUGCAUAUAGUUUUCUAAUAUGAAGUAAUACAAUGCAAUAACUUUAUAAUGUCGAUAAGAAUGAUGAAAUGUUCUAUAUUUGAUAUGUAUCUGAAAAGAAGAAAAAGAGUGGAUGGAGAUAUGAUCAUCUGUGCCAUUUUUUUUAUUAUCUCUGUGUCCUUUUAUUCAUUGCAUGAUGACAAUUAUGAAGCCUUUUACUCCAGAAUGUAAUGUAUUCAACGUUGUGCCGUCCUAAUGCGUUGUCACCGGUAUUCCUAACACCCCACCCCAUCACCCUCCACCCCAUCACCCUCCACCCUCCACCCUCCACCCCAUCACCCUCCCCCCUCCACCCC